UCCUCAAGCACCCUGGACGGUCAAUUCAGUCAGGUCUUGGGCUGACUAAGAGCAGCUUUUGAUCGAUCUGGCCCUCCAGGAGCUCCGUCAUGAUCAUAUGGUCGUCGAAGGCGUCAACAAAUACUCCCUGAAGCCCAACAUCAAUAGGAAAGUCUGCCGUGGGAGGAGCUGGGAUGUGCCAUGGUGUAGACUACGAACGGAGGACGACUUGGAAGCCUUCAUUGAUGCCGUCCACCUUAAGCGCAACACACCCAAGGUCGAAUGGUCAGCUUUAUCCUGAUCAAUACACACCACGACCCUACAAGGGCUGCUUAGGGCUGCUUGUCAACUCGAGUUCGACCAGCAAACCCCCGUGCACGCCUCUCAGACUCAGUCCAAGGCUCGAAAGCCUCUCAUCCCUUGACCUAGGCACAGUGCUACCAACAGUGCUCUCCAGGGCAUUUCAAAUGAACUUGCGGAUGAUCCUCAUCGCUACAAAAGGGUCCUUGCUGUUCAGACCCUGCAGGCUAAGCAUAGAAGAGCGUGGUAAGCUACACUUGCAUGCUACGCAGGUGGGGCAGUUCCCAGCCAUUUUGUUAGGGAAGAGAUCUGUGAGAACGACAGCUACACCCGCUCAGCAGCUCGAGCGGCCACUUGACGGUUGUUAUCAACAUAUUGGCGCAAAUCCAUGCCGGUCAGCGCAUAACCACAGCCCGUGUACAAAUUGCGGAUCUUUUUGAGAUCUGUGUUGAGAUGUCGAUCGCUUUGCGGAUCAAAGAGGCAGGGUCGAGACAAGCGUCAGGA